CGUUCGUGUACCUGUGUGUAACGUAAUAGCUAGUCAGUGCGGUAUUCAGAGAGAACAUCGUUGGGCACGUUAAACAGACAGAAAUGCUGACGAAAGAAGAAUCGUUGGAGUUCAUCAGGGAUGUUCUAGAUAUUUCGGAUGCUCCAUCCAAGAUGGCUGCCAAUAAACUGGAUUUCCUUAAUUUACUGGUGUUCCGUCUACAGCACACCGUCCUAUUUCAGAACCUAAGUCUCAUGGCGGAGGACCACAGCGUGAGACGCAGGCCAACCAUAGACGAAAUCAAAGAGUCAGUCUUCUCAAGAACAGGUGGAUUGUGCUACACUCAGAAUGUUUUCACUUUCUACUUGUUGAAAUCCUUGGGCUAUGACGCAUACCUGAACAACGCGACUGUGUCGACACCCGCGAUGCUUCCGGAUAAUCACGUGAUCGUCUUUGUGAAGAAUGUCGUGAAACCUGGAGAUCUGUAUCUGAUUGAGAUCAGCAUUGGCCAUCCAACAUUUGGAGCCAUUUGCAUGGACUUUGAAACAGAGUCGCCUCUGAUAAAAGAAUCUUUUCUGGAAUACAAGUACAUCAAAGAAGGUGGAAAGAUACUGCGCAUGCACGGAGAAGGAGACUUCCGGUCAGCCACACCUCUUCCUCAUGAAUACAACAUCGGAAGAUUUAGGCGUUUUUACGACUUCGAACUGAAUCUAAGGACCGAGUUGGAAGAGCUGGGCGAAUGUUUCGACUCUGUUUACACCGAUCCUGAUAUGACACCAUUCCACGAUACCAUAAGGGCAAUCACCUUCAAGGAUGAAAGAGCCGUGAUGAUGGUGAAUUCUAAGCUCAUAUUGGAGGGCACUGAUGGAGAGUUCAGCGUACGCCAGUUUGAUGACGACUGUGAGCUUGCAGUGGCCUACAAUAAAUAUUUCCCACAGAUUAGUAUGGGGGUAAUUGAAAUGGCAAUCAAAAACUGGAGGACUGUUUGCAGCCUGAGGAAGAGAGGGUCUGAGGUACCCAGGAGUACCGCGGCAUAAGAGACUGACAGUUCGUUGAUGUUGACUUGUCAAUUAUACCCUGGACAAUCGAGGAUGGUGAUCUGAAUAUCGCGUGUGAAGAAAAUAGAUGAAGGUCCUAUUUUCCUUUCAUUUUCACAUUUAUGUAAAUUGUCGAAGAAAACGGUUAACGUAUGACAAUAACACUACUACAUUGUACAUCAAUAUGGUAACAUUUAGCUGAAUUAUUGUUCUAUCUAGUGCAAUGAGCACAAAGAAAAUAUAUUAUGCAGUGUAUGAGAUACAGAAUAAAAGUUU